GAUGGACACUCACCAGGUCAAGCAACUGAAAUGACCUUCAUCAGCUUGUAUCUCUCCUGAUACUGCUCAUGUCGCUCAGGCCCGUCACGGCGUGCAUCGCCUCAUCUGCACGCUGCCAACUCCGCACAAAAGUCUCCGUCACAGCUAUCCGCCGGCGUAAGGCCAAUAUCCAACGGCAAAAGGAUUUGCGCGAACAGCGUCUGCCGGCCGACUUCAACCCCAUCGUGGGCAAGCCGACUGCAUUCACAUCCGGCCUGUUGACACCGGACAAGAUAUGGACGAAUGCCAGCAUCAACCCCGAAAUGACUGGGUCAAGUGAGGUUGUUGAGGAAGAAGCGGAUACGAGUCAAGUGCAGGCGAAACCGAGUGAUGCCUUGUAUUUCAGCAAGCAGCAGCUCAGCAAGGUCCAGCAGGCAGUGCUACAAGCGAGUCUCAAUAGAGAACAAGCGAAUCCUGCUCCCGUGGCGACAUCUCUCCUUCCUCCAGCCAAGGAAGACACCAGUACAAGCAAGCCAGGCAGUCUAUGGAAUCAAGGUCGUGCAGCAGACCUGCAACAGCGCAAUGCACAAAAGACACAGGCGUCCUCGCGUAUUGUGUCCCUGCAGAAUGCCAAUGCACGGACGCUGCGGGCAUAUAAUACAGCCGUCGCGGUCAAGGAGUUUGCGAGAAGUGAAGGCGACACAGGAACUCCCGAGGUACAAGCUGCCGUGUUGACGGUUCGCAUUCUAGCACUGCAGUCUCACAUGCAAGGCAACAAAAAGGACAAACACUCUUACCGUGGCUUCCGAGGACUUGUCCACAAGCGACAGAACGUGCUUGCUUAUUUGCGUCGCGAAAGUGUCGAGCGGUACUUUGCCUGUCUCGAGAAGCUGGGUCUUGAGGAUCAGAGCGUCACCCGCGAGAUCUCCAUGUAGAUUCAUCAAUACAUUCUUAGCAUAGCCUUAUUCUAGCUUUUCCAGCAUCUGCAGGCGUUCCAAUAUCUUGGGCUUGCUCACCUCUUCGACCUCGCCUGCCAGGAAGAUUUCAUCGAGAAUGGCAUAGACCUUGUAAAAGUUGAAGACGAGGUCCAGCUCGCAGACGUUGCCAAAAAAGGCGUCCAGCACUUCGACAAAGAGAUGGAUGGCCUCGAGUGUGAAAAGUUCAUUAUCCGUGACAUCAACACACGCGCAAAAGAAGAGACCUGCAUACCGCCGAUAGAUGAUGCGGUGUGAGAGGU